CAUCUAAGCUGUCGUCGCAGAAUCGCACGUACGCGCGAUCGAGAAGCCAGGACCAGGACGACGAUGGCCCGGCCGCGCCUCCUCCUCACCUUCCUGCUCGCCGCGGCGGCCGUGCUGACCACGGUGCCCGGCGUCGCGCUCGCCAAGUCGAAGCUCGCCAAGAAGAGCGACGACGUCGUGAACGGGCCCCUCCUGACCGAGAAGAUCCAGGCGAAGAAGACGCUGAUCGUGGGGCCGGACGAGGAGUUCAAGACCGUGCAGUCCGCCAUCGACGCGGUGCCCGCCGGAAACGCCGAGUGGGUCAUCGUCCACCUCCGCUCUGGCCUGCACAGGGGCAAAGUUGUGAUACCGGAGAACAAGCCCUUCAUCUUCGUGAGGGGCAACGGCAAAGGCCGGACCUCCAUCUCCCACGAGUCCGCCUCUUCCGACAACGCCGAGUCCGCCGCGUUCACCGUGAACUCGGACAACGUCAUCGUCUUCGGCGUCAGCUUCAGGAACAGCGCCCGCGUCGGCCUGGUGAACGACCCGGAGAUCCGUUCCGUGGCGGCGAUGGUGGCCGGCGACAAGGUGGCCUUCUACCACUGCGCGUUCUACAGCCCCCACCACACCCUGUUCGACAGCGCCGGCCGCCACUACUACGAGAGCUGCUACAUCCAGGGCAACAUCGACUUCAUCUUCGGCAGCGGCCAGUCCAUCUUCCAGUGCCCCGAGAUCUUCGUGAGGCCUGACCGGCGGACGGAGAUCCGCGGCUCCAUCACCGCGCAGGUGCGGCAGGAGGAGGACAGCAGCGGCUUCGUCUUCCUCAAGGGCAAGGUGUACGGCGUCGGGGAGGUGUACCUGGGCCGCGUCACCGCGCCCGACUCGCGCGUCAUCUUCGCAGACACCUACCUCUCCAAGACCAUCCACCCGGCCGGCUGGACAACCAUAGGCUACAGCGGCAGCACCGACAAGGUGACGCUCGCCGAGUUCAACUGCACUGGGCCGGGCGCUGACGUGACGAACCGCGUGCCAUGGUCGCGGAGGUUCUCUCCCGACGACGCGGCCAAGUACCUCACCAUCGACUUCAUCAACGGCAAGGACUGGCUGCCGGCGUACUACUACUGAUCCGACGAUCGACUACUGGAUCGAACAAGCAUGCAUACAUGUAUACACAUCUUGUAACGCUGAAUUUUGAUUCAUGGCACACUGUACUGGACGAGGAUCAUUUUUUCUUGCCUAAGUACUGACACGCGUUUCCAUUGUUGA